AUGUUGCUCACUUCCUUGGCUUCAAUUCUCGCCCUGGGCAUGGGCGCGGUGAGCACAAGUCUCGCUGUAAGCCAUAAGACCUACACCAACCCCAUCAUCCCCGGCUGGCACUCGGACCCUUCCUGCGUGUACGUCUCCGAGCAAGAAACAUUCUUCUGCGCAGCGUCUACAUUCAUCGCAUUCCCCGGUCUCCCCCUUUACGCCAGCAAAGACCUCGUGAGCUGGGAGCUCGCAAGCAACAUCUUCAACCGGCCAAGUCAGCUCCCCGACCUCGCCGACACCGAAGGCCAACAGGGUGGGAUCUACGCGCCGACACUGCGCUACCGCGACGGGACAUUCUACCUCAUUGUCUCGAAUCUCGGUCCGAGUAUCAAAGGUCUCGUCUUUACAUCGACGGACCCCUACGACGAUGAUUCCUGGAGUGAACCCCUCGUCUUUCCCGUCUACGGCAUCGACCCGGAUAUCUUCUGGGACGACGAUGGCCAAGUCUAUGUGAGCUCCGCCGAUAACAACAUGAUCCACCACUACAGCCUCGAUCUCAGCACCGGCGAGAUCGGAGAUGUGUCGUACCUCUGGAACGGUACAGGCGGCGCAUACCCCGAAGGCCCGCAUCUGUUCAAAAAGGACGGGUACUACUACCUCCUCAUCGCAGAGGGCGGGACGGAGACGAACCACGCUGUGACGAUGGCGCGCUCGAAGAACAGGACUGGGCCGUGGGAGCCGUGUCCGCAUAACCCGGUCCUGACGAAUAAGGGUACAGGCGAGUACUUCCAGACGGUCGGACACUCGGACCUCUUCCAGGACGGAAAGGGGAAUUGGUGGGCGAGUGCGCUGUCUACGCGCAGUGGACCGAACUGGGUGAAUUACCCCAUGGGUCUACUAAAAGAAAUAAAUAGUUACUGUAUGUAG